AUGUCGUGCUCUCAACCAUCUGUUGGACCUCUUGAUUGGAACACCAGUCAGAGACAGAAAAAAGAAUACAUUGAAUGGAAACGUCAAGAAGAUAAAAUGGCCGAGCCUUCAACAUUGUGUUUAUCCAUGAUUCCUCUACAGUAUUUAGGGUCUGGAAUUACUGUUGAGCCUUUGGAAUCAGUUCUUCUAAUUGGACUUGAGGUUGAUUCAGAAUUUAAUAACAACAAUCCAUUGAAACUAACUGUCACGUCCCGAUAUUCAUUAGGAUUCAUUUAUGUCGAAUCAUACAUAGAUACAAACAUACUGCACAUAAGUGGCAAUAACAGUUGUCAAGUACGAAUACAGACAGAUAGUGUUACUAACAUGAAUGCUGUUCUCAAACAUGUGGUUUACACUAGCCAGGAACACCAUAAAAGACAGAGAGAUUACAUUGAUAUUUCAUUUCAAGACAUCUAUAAUGUUUUUAUGAAUGUUCUCAUACAAAGACAGCAUGUUCCGCGGCUAUAUGAUCCAGGACCUGGCAAUGAUAUCAAUAAUAAAGUGACGAUUGUGGCAAAGACAUUUGAACGGUAUGACUGUGUCAAUGCACUGAUUGCAAGCGUUAAUAAGUUCUACCCAAACAUGACAAUAAUAAUUGCAGAUGAUUCUGAGAACAAACAAAAACUUGAAGGUAAUAAUGUGAAACAUUAUUUGAUGCCAUUUUUAGAAGGUUAUGCUGCUGGGAAGAAUUUGCUAGUAAGCCAGGUGCGCACAAAAUAUUUGUUAUGGGUCGAUGAUGAUUUUGUUUUCACAAAGGACACACUCUUGGAACGCUUUGUAGAAAAGUUGGAAUCCCCCACAGCCGAUUUAGACUUGGUAGCUGGAUAUUUAGUUUCUCGAAAGGAACAUCCCUGGGCGCAUGUUAGUUACAUAAAUGAUGACGAUGGUGGCUGCAUCUCCGAAAGUGAUACAUCAUAUGGCACACUGAAAGAAUUUCCAAACUGCAAAUUGAUGGAUAUUGUGACAAACUUCUUCAUGGCAAAGACAGAUGCUGUCCGAACAGUUGGAUUUGAUUCAGUGUUCGAACGGAUCUCACAUCGUGAGUUUUUUGUAGAUGCGUUGGGUCACUUGCGGAUAGCAGUUUGUGAUGAUGUUAUAAUUAGACACGAUCGACGUUCCAAUGAGCGCUAUCGUAAUUACAGAAUGAUACAAACUCAACAACGUGAAAGUGCGCGAUAUGCUGAACGAGUAUUAUUUAAGAACAACCUUCGAUGUUUCCAGGCAUGGACUCAAAGUUUUUUGGAAUUCGAGAAAUACAAUACGUUCGAGCUGAAUUCAAGUGUUUAA